UUCAGACUUUCAACUCUUCUUAGAAAGCCUACGUUGAAUCUUGGGGACAAAUUGGAACAAGGACAAAUGGGAGGUGUUGGCAUAGUGUUGAGGGCAAUUAUUUGAUGACUGUUUUACCCAUCACUUUGCCUGUGUCCUUGUGGGUCCUGUGUGUGUGUGUAUGUGUGUGUACGUGCAGCUCCCAGCCUGUGUAGAUGUCUGUGGUUUUGUAUAAGCAUUUAUAUUGUAUUUUCUAGGGUCUGUUGAAUGUUAUGGCAUUAUUUUCUUUCAAAAAUAGAAACUCAUUUUCCUUCCUCUUACUUUAGCUUCUUUCAGUACAUUUCUCAUGAGACUGUAAAGAGCACAGUCAUCCUAAGGCCUGCAUGAUCCAAAGGUCCAGUAGGAAUAAAUGCAAUGAUGCAUGUCUGAAGCCUGCUCCUACACAUAAACACAUAUGUAUAUAUACUAAAGAUCUGCUAAUGAUGAGUUCUCCUGGAGAGUAUUGAGCUGGCAGAAGUCACAGCUAUAAAUAUUUUGCUUGUGAUUUAGUACGAUUUGUUUUUUGGCAGAGAUACUGACAAUACUUUUUAGCUAGAAAUUGUAAGGAGCACCAACAAUCUCCUAGGGAAAAGGAUCACCAUCGUGUGUUGCAGAUUCAACCUGAAUCAUCUCGAGAGUCAGGCACCAACACUUGCUCAGGAUUGAGAGACUGAGAAUGAGACUUUGGGUCUUGACAAUUCUAUCAAUGGUUCUACCUUCCACAUCAGCUAAGUUUAUCAAAUCAUCUUGGGGCCUGGAAAAUGAGGCUUUAAUUGUGAGAUGUCCCAGACAAGAACACUCUCGAUACCCUGUGGACUGGUAUUACUCAAAUGACAAGAGUAUCAGCACCCAGGGAAGAAGCCACAUUGUUGCCUCAGGCGAGCGCCUUAAGUUUCUCCCAGCCAAAGUCAGUGACACUGGAUUUUAUACUUGCAUCAUCAGAAGUCCUACCUCCAAUAAGACUGGAUAUGUGAAUGUCACCAUUCACAAAAAACAACCAGGUUGCCAUAUUCCAGAUCAUCUGGUAUACACUACAACUUCUGGAUCAGAAAAAAAUUCCAAAAUAGUUUGUCCUACAAUUGACCUCUACAAUUGGACAGCACCUGUUGAGUGGUUUAAGAACUGUGAAGUUCUUCAAGGAUCAAGGUACCAAGCAUACAGGGCAUUUUUGCUGAUUGACAAUGCAACCAGCAAGGACACCGGUGAUUACACAUGUAAAUUUCUGCACAAUGAGAAUGGAGUCAAUUAUAGUGUGUCAGCAACCAGGUCAUUUACAGUUAUUGAUGAGCAAAGUGUUUCUUUGUUUCCAGAAAUUAUAGCUCCUUCACAAAAUGAAACAAAGGAUGUGGAAAUUGGAAAACCAGCAAACAUAACGUGCUCUGCUUGCUUUGGGAAAGGCCCUCAGAUCAUGGCAGACGUGCUGUGGCAGGUUAACGGAAAAAAUGUUAAGAACAAUAGUGAAGCAAGGAUACAAGAGGUACAAGAGCAAAAUCAAAGUUUCAGCAGUGAGCUGACUUGCUUAAACACCAUUUUAAUGAUAAAGGAAGUAAAGGAAGAGGAUUUAUCUCUGAAGUACAACUGUGCGGCCUUGAAUUUGCAUGGUUUGAGCAAGCGCACCAUGCGACUAAGGAGGAAAAAUUCAACUGAUAAGCAAAACACCUACUAUAUGCUUGCAGGAUUUAGCACGCUAUUAUUGCUAAUCAAUGUCUUCAUGAUAAUUCUAAAAGUGUUCUGGAUCGAGAUUUUUCUGCUCUGGAGAGACAUAGCUAGACCUUACAAAACUAGGAAUGAUGGAAAGAUCUAUGAUGCUUAUGUAAUCUAUCCACGGAACUGCAGAAACAGUCAGGAGGGGGACAGCCCUGUGGAGUCCUUUGUUCACCAGAUUCUGCCUGACGUUCUUGAAAAUAUAUGUGGCUACAACUUAUGCAUUUAUGGGAGAGAUCUACUCCCUGGAGAAGAUACAGUCACUGCAGUGGAAACCAGCAUCCAGAAGAGCAGGCGGCACAUUUUCAUCCUGACUCCUGAGAUCAUACACAGCAAGGAGCUAGCCUAUGAGCAGGAGAUCGCGUUGCACAGCGCCCUCAUCCAGAAUGACUCCAAGGCCAUCCUCAUCGAAAUGGAGGCCCUGUGCCCACCUGGUGGACUACAGUUUGGGGAGCUCCAAGAGUCCCUCCAGCACCUCAUCAAAGUGCAGGGGACCAUCAAGUGGAGGGAAGACCAUGUAGCCAACAAACACUCCCUGAAUUCCAAGUUCUGGAAGCAGGGAGCCGCCCCGUGGAGCUGGGACUCCUCCUCCGCCUUGGUCCUGUCCCCAGCCCGCCUCAGCCCCAGCCAAGUGCAGAUGUUGACUCUUCACCUGGCUCUGGUCCAGGCCGCCUGCCUCCAGCAGGGUUCGUAGGAGUUGCCCCGCGCGCUCCCUCCCGGCCCAGCAGGUCGCCGGGCCCUACACUGCCCACCGCCUUGCAGCUUCCGGAACCAAGGUGCGCCGCCCCGACCCCAGGCUCCCAGGCGAGGUGCCUAAGUUUCCAGCUACGCGACUUCGUCCCCGCUCUCGAGCCGCGCUCGGAUCCCACGGGCGGGGCUCUGGGCGAGAGGAGUAGGUACCCAGCACGCAGUGAGGCGCGAACACCCCCGCCCGGGAGAGCCCUUAACUCAGGGAGCCUCAAACCCGGGCGCCCUCACCGAGGAGCGUCGCCUGACCCGGAGCUAACCUCCAGGAGGAGCAUCCCCGAUCGAAGCGUCCCCAAGGAAGAGCAUCUCAGACCCAGAACCCUCCCAGCCGCCGGGCCGGGAGCAGCGCCCCGCUCAGAGCACCUAGACCCUGAGCAGCGCCCCAUCCGCAGCCUCCGCCAGCCGAGUUUCACCAGAUGCUUUAUCUUUCUUCGUAUUUUCUGUUCCUUUUUCUCUUUCGCUUUCUCUUUUUUCUUUUUCAGCCUUCUCUAGUUACCUUAUCAGUUUAAUCACACUUGCGGCUCCUCUGCUUUCUUCUCGUCUUGAGGUGCUAGGGAGGCAGCGGUUGCUGUUUCUCACCUGCUUUCUCACCUGCCUCUGCCAUCCAGGAGGAACAGGCUCCCCGCCUCGGCCUCAGGGACGUCGUCUGAAGAGAAACCAUUUGAAGCAGAAUCCUAACCAUGCAUCAUAGAGAAAUACCCUUGACACUUUUGAUACUUAUGUUUAUAAGCACCUCAGAAAUGAUACUCAAGCCUGGAAAUUAAAUGUCAUCAGAAGAAGUAAAAAUAGUUGUUUUACUGAGAAACAAGUAAUUAGUAAAGUUGUGGAAGUUAAAAAAACUUUGCAGGUGCCCUGUGAAAAUAAUUACUUUCAAAACCUGGCCAACAGAACGUCAUUGUACAAGACCAUAGUAGUAUAAUUCCAGCUCUUCUUGGACCAAAGCUUACUCCAGUUAAAGUGGAAUUAGG